AUGUCACAGCUACCACCUUACAUCUCAGAUGAGGACGCUGAUACGACUCUACGUGUUCUGAGCCACAUUAUGGCCCACGGUUUGGGAGGGAUCCCUAUGCAGAAAGCCAAUCGAAUCCGAAUCCUCGCCAAGGACAUCGCAGCAGGACGAUACUUCAAACCCAAUACGCCAAGGAAGCUGUUUUCUCGAUGCUACAUCUGUCGUCGCCAACGAGAAUACGACAUAACUCCAGAGGCUCCCCCGCUCUGUGAAAUUUGCACCACGUUUAAUGCUGCAAGGAGGGCAGAUAUUGCGGUUCCUGAUCUCUUUCACCAGAAAUCGGCUUUAGUAACUGGUGGUCGCAUCAACUUGGGUUACUCAGUUGCUCUUGCGCUGCUUCGUGGUGGCGCGUCCUCUGUUAUCGUGACGACCCGCUUCCCUGAAGAUGCUUUAACACGCUACAUGCUUGAAAGCGACUAUGAACUGUGGUGUGCGCAAUUGCAUAUUCUCCAAGCCGACUUUACUUCCCCUUCUUCGAUCCAGAAAGCCCUCGAAGCGAUCCAUGGUAUCUGCAAGACCACCAGCAGUGGCCGAUUAGACAUUCUGAUCAACAAUGCCGCUCUUACUGUGCCAAUACCCGAACCUGAAUAUCAGCGACUCAUUGCCAACGAGCAGAGGCUAAUAACCGCAGACCAUCACGCUCUUGCGGCGAUCGACAAUGCCUUGGUUACUACACCACAUCCUGGAAAUGCUUGGGAAUCGCGCUACUGUGAUUUCACCUAUCAAGAACUCUUGGAUGUACUUGCCAUCAAUGCUGUUUGCCCCUUCAUCCUAAUACGCGAAUGUGUGCGUAUGAUGCUACACAAUACCGACACCCACAUUAUAAACGUGUCCUCUCGCGAAGGCAUGUUCGAAAUCGAGGGAAACCGAAGGACAGCUGCCCACGUUCACACCAACAUGGCCAAGGCUGCCCUCAACAUGUGCACCCAAACUCUUGCUGAAGAAUUCCGCGGUCAACGCGUUUACAUCAACAGUGUUGACCCUGGCUAUCUGAGUCACCAACACAGCGUAACUCACAACGGAAAGAAUGGUCAAGAGGAAUUUGACGUCCCGUUAUCGUGGCAAGACGGCGCUGCCAGAGUGCUACAUCCAAUAAUCCGCAAACCACCGAUCACCGGUGCCUUCUUCAAAGAUUUCACAGAAAGGAACUGGACAAAUGGUUGGGUCUAA